CGGACUAACUUGUUGCCGUGGAGCAGCAUGAGUGAAAAAGAAAAUCGACCUAGACGAGACGUGAACGUGAGCGAGAAGGAACUCGCCGUGUGGCAGAUUCCUCUUCAUCGUCGAGAUUAUUGCGCUGAUUUCUAUCUGGCUCUCCACAAGUGUCGUCUAGAUAACUCUUUUCUGCCCUGGCGUUGUAAACCAGAGCGAGAGGCUUGGGAACAUUGCGAAGUCGCAGAUUUUCAGUCAAGAGUGAAGCAAAAGAGGCUGCAGACAGAAGCCGGUCACAAUCAACGCUGAGAGAUAGCGACAUCAAUUUGUAAUUAAUUAUAUCGUUUAUCGUUGGUCAAUAUAAUACGAUGAAUGGA